ACAGCGUCGCGCAAUUUCAACCAUUCGAAAAAAACGCGAAUCUCCUGUGUCGAUCAAAAGAAGAGACGUUCCGUUCCGUGUUCCUACAAAAAAUAAAGUAUCGCGUACAGUGCACCAAAAUUCUUCACUCCAACGCUAGACAAAAGCUAGUACAUCCAGUUGUUCCGCGCAUUUUCCGCUACAAGAACCGAGUGAUCCGCCGUGUUCGAUUGCGACCCCCAAAAUUGUUUGUUCUCGCGGCAGACAAAAAAAAAAGGUUUCCCCUCAAAUUCUAACAUAGCGGAGGCCAACACCAUCAUCAGCCACUUCUAAACCUCACUCAAAUCAGUCGUCAAUAGCGAGCGAGAGCGGAAGAAAAAAGCGAAAAAGUCACCAUCAGAACCUAGUAUCAGGAAAAAGGCAGACCCAUUCGUAGCCACCCAGGUCGGGGAAAGCCAUUUUUUCGCGUUACAGCUUGGUAUUUUUCGUCGACGAGUACGAUCUUCCGGAACAAAAAAUCGCCGCGAUUCGCGUCCUUCCGGUUCAGGGUUUGCUGUGCUGUGUUCCCUCAAAUCGUGGGCCGCCGUGUUUUUCUUAUCCUGGCACACAGGAACGCGCAAACAAAAGUGUGCAUCUUCGAGUGGGAUUGUUUUGAUAGAUAUUCCUGCUGCUUCCAGAUCUGCGUCUCGGUCAGACCCGGGCACUCCGCGCAGUGUGCGAAGACAAACCUCCUUCCGAUUGGGAAAGCCUUUUAGAAAAAGUCGAAGGUGGUGCUCUGUCUGUGCGGUAUUUGUACCUUGCAAGGGUGCUGCUGGAUUGCGCAAAAAAAACGUAUUCAAGCAGCUAAGGGUAUUUUGCAUCAUCAUAACCCCAAGGGCAGCAGCAGAAAGUGUUUACGGUGGUCAGUGGCCAAGUCAAUCAGUCAGUGCGUGUGUGAGUGUGUGUCCGUGGGCCAAUAAUCUCUUUUCUUGAAAGCCCUCCGCCCCGCUAAAUUGUUGUUAGUUUUCGUUUUGUAAGCCAAAGCCAAGCCGAAGGUCUCUGGUUAGCAGCCGGAAGUGGCCGAUACUGCAAGCAGCACUCAGCAGCAAAAAAGCGACCGUAAUCCGUGUGUAUUCCGUUUGAUACCGUGUCUAUCUGGUGAUUUGGUGAUUAUUUUUUUCUUUCUGUGAGUGUGUUUCCAUCUUGGGGUCAGAUUCUUGGAGCAAGUCGUGCUAAUUUUUUUGGAGGACGGAAAAAUUGGGAGGAAUUCGGUGCAAAGAAGGGAAGUUAACAGCAGCGCAGCAGGUUGUUCUCCGGGGAAAACGAGCGGCCCGUUGUCUUGGAAGUAGAUGAAGGAUCCAUCUACCUUUCAAGCCAACGUUUGUUCAGCAGCCACCGGAAAUCGCAGCUUCGCCUCUGGUACAGCCACUAUCAACCGCGCCCAACUGCCUCUGCCGGUCCGUGCUCACUCUGCAAAAGCAGCAGCAGCAGCAGGGAGGCUAACUGUCCGAAGAAGCGCCGCUAAAAGCUGCAACAGCAAGCUCCCAAACUGCUUCCGGCGGCAGCAGCAGAUCCAAGGCCAAGCCCAAGCGCCCCGAGACAAAGUGUCCGUGGACGGCAAAACGCGCCGCCGCCAGCCUUCUUCGCCUCCCAGUAGCACCAUCCGAAAACGACAACGCCGCCGAAGAAGAUGUCCCGAAAUAAAGACAAGUACGAUAACAACAACCCGAGGCGGCAGCAGACUUUUCUCACGGCCGAGGACAUCGCGGCUGGCAAGAAGACCUGCUGGCACGGCGUCGAGAUAACCGGCAGUGUGCGCAACCUCAGCCCGACCCUGUGGAAGUUCGAGCAUCUGACGGCACUUUAUCUCAAUGAUAACUGUCUGAUGCGGUUGCCGCACCAGAUCGGCCAGCUGGUAAACCUGCGAACGCUGGACCUUUCUAGCAACAAGCUGCGCAGCCUGCCGGCCGAGCUGGGCGAGCUGAUACAUCUAAGGGAACUUAUGCUCAACAACAACCUGCUGCGUGUGCUUCCGUACGAACUCGGCAAGCUGUUUCACCUGCAAGUGCUCGGUCUGCAUGGGAAUCCGCUGGGCAAGGACGCAACGUAG